UGCAAAAUAGUACCACUUGCCGUAUUAGCCCAAAUCUCGAUAGAUCCAGUGGCAGGCAGGCAGAGAGAUAACUCAAAGCUGAAAGACAGACACAGACAGAGAGCUAAGGCAGAGCUAAAGAAACAGAGUAUUUCUCACUCUUUCUUUCAUUUCGAUACCAAAAAUCCAUGCCCUAUUUUCUCCUCCAUUAACGGUCACUACUGUCAAUCCGAACUCAUUAUUAUUAUUGUUAUUACAAUUAUAUUAUUAUAUUCUGUUACGCCCCAGGGGUCUUUCUGAUUCUUCUCUUUCUCUUUUUUCACUCUUUCACCCUAUGUGCUUUAAAUAUUCUAAAGAAAAGGCUUUAACGUAACGAAAGAAAAAUUCCCAUAAACAAGCUUCAUGAAUUUUGGUUGUUGAAUCUGAUCUGGGUUUUGGGUUUUUGUUGUUUGGGGGAGGGGAGGGUGAAAAGGAGAGAGAAGGGAAGAUGUUAACGUGUAUAACUUGUUCAAAGCAGUUAACCGAUAACAAUGGAUCUAUUGGGCGCCAACAGGAUGAAGAUACUUUGGAGACUCCUAGGACUAGGCAAGCCAUUAAGGCCCUCACUUCUCAGAUCAAGGACAUUGCAUUGAAAGCAUCAGGAGCUUAUAAAAACUGCAAGCCUUGUUCUGGUUCAUCAAACCAUAACCAUAACCGGAACUAUUCCGACUAUGAUGCCGCCUCUGGCUCAGCACGCUUCCAUUGCCCUUACCGUAGAACAGGAAACUCGAAUUCAACGCCCAGAAUUUGGGGCAAGGAGAUGGAAUCAAGACUAAAAGGACUUUCCAGUGGUGAAGGUACCCCAGCCUCUGUUAGUGGCCGUACAGAAUCAAUAGUGUUUGUGGGGGAAGAUGAGCCUAAGGAGUGGAUUGCACAAGUGGAGCCUGGUGUUUUAAUCACCUUAGUUUCAUCGCCCGAGGGAGGGAAUGAUCUGAAACGAAUUCGAUUCAGUCGUGAAAUGUUUAAUAAAUGGCAAGCUCAAAAUUGGUGGUCAGAGAACUAUGACAAGGUCAUGGAAUUAUACAAUGUUCAACGCUUAAAUCGUCAAGCUGUCCCAUUUUCAACUCCCCCGAGAUCUGAAGAUGAAGGCUCAAGAAUUGAAUCUGUGAAGGAUAGUCCUGUGACUCCACCCCUGAACAAGGAACGUUCCCGCAACUUUGUCCAGCCAACAGGAAUGGGCUAUUCUUCAUCAGAUUCCCUGGAUCAUCACUCCACACAAUCCCGUCAAAACUUUGACUCAAGUGCACUUGUUUCGACGUCAAAACUCUCCAGCAUUAGCGGAGCCAAAACUGAGACAUCAUCGAUGGAUGGCUCUGUUAGAACUAGUUCAUCGAGAGAGGCAGAUCGCUCUGGAGAGCUCUCCAUCAGUAAUGCUAGCGACAUGGAAACAGAAUGGGUUGAACAGGAUGAACCAGGAGUUUACAUCACCAUUAGAGCACUUCCAGGUGGCACUCGGGAGCUCAGACGUGUCCGCUUCAGCCGAGAAAGGUUUGGAGAAAUGCAUGCAAGGACGUGGUGGGAAGAAAAUCGAGCCAGGAUACAAGAACAGUACUUGUGAGAUUUUAGCAAAUCAAUGAGAUAGUGGCAUUUGGAAGUUUUGUCUGCUUUUUAACAAGUGGUGGUAGACAAUUCUGUGUGCCUGGGCACAACUAAUCACAAAGCUUACAUGUAUUAACUCUGCAUAUUUUUCUACUUAGAUAUAUCAUCAAACAAAUCUUCUUUCUUCUUUGUUUCUCUCUUUUCCGCCCACAUUUGGUUGGAUGCAAUUGUUGGGUGUUUUGGAGUCUGACAAAUUGGUGCAGAAAUCGAAAAGAUGAAGAGAAAUGCUAGUUAAAAUAAUGUUUAUUUUUCAUUUUCGCUCUUUCAUCUAAUUCUUAUAAGCGGCUGUAUUUUAUUUAUAAUUUUAUGAUUGUUCAAUUAUAAUAAAUAAUUAUAUAAAGGUCUAACGUUUAUAAAUGUAGAUUUUAUAUAAAAUUUUGAUGAAACUUACAUAAAUUUUAAUUAUAAUUACUUAAUUGUGAUAUAAUUUUUAUACUUGAAAGGGUGGUGCAUUUACUAUUUCACAUAGAAG